UAUAAAAAUCAGAAGCCCAAGGCUGCAUUCUUCUGUCCUGCUUUUGAGAAGAAGAAACACACUUAUUUCUUUCAUCAGUGUUUUUAAGCACCAUCAGUCAUGUCCUUCGUAAGCGAGUUCUUGAAACAAGCUAGUUUUCUGCAGGAGUUUACUCCAAAGGAUGAACGAACUGGUGGCCUGAAAGCAGCUGCAGGAUGUGAUGGUUCUGCAGAUGCUGCUAACUUGGAGAAGGCCAUUAAGGCAAAAGGUGUGGAUGAAGCAGGUAUAAUUGACAUCCUGACAAAAAGGAACAAUUCACAACGCCAGGCAAUUAAAGCAGCUUACCAGCAGAUCACAGGAAAGCCUUUGGAAGAUGCAUUGAAAAAAGCGCUUUCAGGAAGACUUGAGGAAGUGGUUUUGGGAUUGCUUAAAACUCCUGCUGAAUUUGAUGCCCAUGCACUAAAACAUGCUACAAAGGGUUUAGGUACUGAUGAGGAUGCACUCAUUGAAAUUCUUGUUUCCCGAACCAACAAUGAAAUAAAAAACAUUAACAGAGUCUACAAGGAAGCUUUUAAGAAUGAAUUGGCAAAGGACAUAACUUCUGACACAUCUGGUGACUUCCAAAAAGCUUUGCUUGCCCUUGCCAAGGGUGACAGGAGUGAAGACACUCGUGUGAAUGAAGAACUUGUUGACAAUGAUGCAAGGGCCCUAUACGAAGCUGGUGAAAAAAAAAAAGGAACGGACAUAACUGUUUUCAUCAAUAUUCUUACCACACGCAGUUUCCCACAUCUUCAGAAAGUGUUUCAGAAGUACACCAAGUACAGCACACAUGAUAUGACCAAAGCUUUAGACCUGGAACUUAAAGGAGACAUUGAGAAAUGUUUGACGGCUGUCGUAAAAUGUUCUGUGAGUAAAGCUGCUUUCUUUGCCGAAAAGCUCUACUUGUCGAUGAAGGGUUCUGGAACUCGUGAUAAAGACUUGAUUAGAAUCAUGGUUUCCCGUUCUGAAGUAGACAUGAAUGAAAUAAAACAUCACUAUAAACGACUGUAUGGAAAAAGUCUUCCCCAGGCCAUAUUGGAUGAUACCAAAGGAGAUUAUGAAACCAUUUUGCUUGCACUUUGUGGGGGAGAAUAAUCUUCACUAAAGUUCUUACAAAAGUACAAAAUGCUUGAGGCACAAAUACAAUUACAUUGUAUAAUGAAAAAUAAACAUUGAUACUAUA